CUACGCGGCGGAUCACACUAGUCCAUGCAGUCUCCAUCGCUGACACAAUCGAGGACAAUAGCGGCGAACACGCUGCAGCAGAGACGUCAGUAUUAUGAACUGAGAAAACAAGUGUAUCGGAUCCGCGGGGAUGAAUUAUGGGUUUUGUCCCCGCAUUCAGAGCACAGCCACAGGGCGUAGCUGCAACAUCGUGUGAAGUGAAGGGAUUGUGCUGCAUUCUUUAUUUCGUAAAGAGACAUUAAGGUAAUCUUUGGGUUGACAGCGUAUGGAGGACCAAGCGCAUAUGAAGGAUAGCCAUGUCGCAUAUGAGGUAUCUUUCAACAGAACAGUAAGCAUGGUCAGAUAAAUUAUAUGGACUGAUUAGCCGAAACAGAAAAUGGACAACAUGGACUUCUCAAAGUUUCGGGACACGGGAGAGUUGUCUGAUAUUGUUGUCAUAGUCGACGACAAGGAGUACCAACUUCACAAAUUUCCACUCUACAUCAGAUCGGACUUUUUCAAGGCGCUGGCUAGAUCUCCAACGGAGAACGACAAUGUCACUCUCACGAACUUCCCCGGCGGACCACAAGUUUUCGCACUGGUCGCUGACUUCUGUUACAACAUAAAAGUGGAUAUUACGACCGAGAACGUGGUUUAUCUGAGAUGCGCGGCCGAAUUCCUGCAGAUGACAGGAAAAGGAAACUUAGCGGAGAUUUCUGAUAGGUAUCUUCAUGACGUAUUGACGUCUGCUAGACUGUCCCGCUCACCCGUUGGAGUCGUGGACCUGUUGUUGCACUGCUGCAAGCUGGGACGGGUUGCGGAUAAUGCGAAAAUUGUUCAAAGGUGCAUUGACGCUGUUGUUCAUAUCUGGUUGAAACCUCCGACUAAAUUUUUGACACCGCGGAGUAAGCAAGAAAGCAAUGGUAAUGAUGAUACACAUAUGGACAAGUUUUCGAAACUUCCGUUGGACCUGUUCCGCCAGUUAAUCCUGGCGGGAAAAGAACGUGUCGUCUGGCCGAAGACGCUGGCGUUGGCAGUCGUCAGGUACAUAGGCAAGCACAUGUUCCCAGAAGACAAUGAAAAGUGUUGCCAAACUCCUCGCGACGACGAAACUGAGAGUGAAGAUGGCGACAGUUCUGUUUCUGGUGACGAAGAAGAGAAAUGUGGCGGGACACCUGAAAAGGCGGAAACGAAGCCAAAUUUAGGUGAUGAAAGGAUGGGAAACAUGCUGGAUUCGUUACUGCCCGAGUUACCAAACGACACUCCACUGGAGGAUGUGACGUCGUCACGUUGGGCAAUCAGAUCUCUUCUGAUUGCGGACAAUCAAAACUGCAAAUGUCGGCCAAGCCUCAUGAAACUCGCAACGCAGAUCAUGCACAAAUUUUCGAACGAUGAAUUUAGCGGUUUGCCCGCAAAGUUGAUAUGCGAGAUUACAGAAGAGGCGUGCAAAAAUGAUCGCUGCAUCCCCGACGUGGUGUGCAAAGUGAUUGACAAUUACAUGUUGGAUUUGGCCCGAAAGGAAGAGCUCGCGCUUGAGGUCUUCCUGAAGCUGUCAAUGUCUCUCCCAAGCGAGUUUCGCCCUAGUCACGAUCUACUGUUUGAUGUGCUCGAAGCCAUUCUUCAAACAAACAAAGAUUUAUCUCCCGAAAAAAAAGAAGAGUUGCUCGGUGUCCUUGACUUUGGACGCCUUGGAGAGGAGACCCUGAGGCGGGCAUACGACUGUGAGCUCGUCCCUGCCACCUACAUCACACCCGCCGCACUGGACCUUUGCUCUCGGCUCAGAAUAGAGUUAGAUUCUGCCAGGGCCAUCAUUAAGCUGCAAGAGGAGGACAUGAAGAGAAUGGUCCACAAACCAAAACCAAUCGGCACACCCAAGCAUGGAUGGGUAUCGGAACCCAACACUCCGAGAACAAAUGUCAGGUUUGCUACAAAUGGUUCUUCAAAGUAUCGCAAAGAUGACGCCAAUACGGCCGUCACAUCCACACUGAUGACGUCGUCCGCUUCGUCUGCUGUGCGCAUGAUGAAUGGAAUCGACGAGAUAGGUACGAAAUCGUACGUCCGUCAGUACCCGUCGUCGUCUUAUAGAAGUAGCCGCAAAGCUGCCGAUAUUCUGAGAUGGGCUUCCCUUCGCUUAAUGAAGAAGAAGCCUAUUCUUGGCGGAGGACACCAAGAUGAGGGCCAGACCUCGAAUAGAAGCGAUAUCUCACGAAGUAAGGCAUCAGAUGAUCUGAGCCUUGACCUGUCCAAGCUGACCGAUUUCUCUUCUUCUGGGAUCAAUACGGAUGAUGUGAAAGACGUGAUGACUGGUCUGGCUGAAAGCAGUCCAAGGUUCUCAAGUGUCUACAUGAAGACACAUAUAGCCCAGAAGUAGAAAUGAAUACGAUUAUAUCUGUAUCGAUGUUCGGACCAACCGGCGGAAAUCAGGGGUUAAUGUUCCCUUCUUCAGCCCUCAGCCCCCCCCCCUCGAGACAUUUCCCCUUGGCUGGUGUACAUUACUUUACUUUUAAGUCAACUUGGUUUGUGCAAAGGAUGGAGAAGAGAACAUUACCUCCCAAUUUACUCAGCAUGAGCAGGACACAACACUGGACUUUGUCUCCCCAUACCAGUACAGAAAAGCCAUCCUGUGAGGUUAAUGUUUGGGUACAGAAACAACACUUCACCACUCUGUCAUUCUUCCAAAGGAUAUCUACCUGUGUCAGCAUGCUGAGGAGGGGUACAGUGAGGGGUCGUGGUGUAGGAAUCUGGAGGGGGAAUCAAGAAUCAUGCAAACGGUCAAUAAAUCAUGCUGUAAAUGGGUUAGAAUGAAUAAAUGAUUUGAACACAAAA